ACAACCACCAAAAUAUAUAAUAAUAGCUUAUUUCUUCAAGAAAUAAAUUCUUGCUUGGUCUUCUCUUAGUUUUCUUUAACAUCUAAACAACUGGUACAUCACAUAUGGCUUCAAACGAACCUUCCUUGGACUCUUUGCCUCCUUCUGCUCAGUUAGCUCUUCUUCAUGCUCAAGCUGCUGCUGCUGCUGCUGCUAAUGUCACUAAUACGGAAUUGAACACUACUACUACCACUACUACCACUACCACUACCACUACCAUGACCGAAACUGUAGCUACCAUUGCUGAAGAAGACAAAUUCGUUCCUUCUCCUGAUGACCCUGUUGUUAUGGACAAUUCUCACUUUGAGCCUCUCAUCUCUGGCGACUUCCCUACUCCCAUCGGUAAAAAGCCCGUGACACCCGUGAAGAAGGAAACACCUUCGACCAAAAAGAAUCUCGACUUGAGUUCUGAAGCUGCCUUUCCUUCUCUUUCUGCUUCUGCCUCACCUCGUACUCCUGUUGUAAGCGGUUGGUCUGCUAAUGCUGCCUCUCGUCUCAAGUCUUCUCCUCAGGCACCUGUUCGUACUCGCCCUAUGGCUCCUUCUGCUACCGGAAAGAAGAUUACAUCUACACCCAUCACGGAUGUUUUGGAAUUGCCAGCUAAUCAACAAAUUGCUAAUGCCCAAAACAAGCCUUUAGGCUUCAAGGGCAAUGCUGAUGUCAUUCAAAAGGUUAUGAACAGAACUAGUACCAACAUCAUUGCUUCCACUAAUCGCUCAGGAACUACCACUUGCCUUAUUCAAGGUCAACCUGCUGAUGUCGCUAGAGCAAAGAAGGAAUUGAUUAAUGGUCUUCUCAUCAAGCGUGUGUAUAGCGUUGAUAUACCUGUUUCUGUACGUCGCUUCAUCAUUGGCCCCAAGGGUACUACUCUUAGACAAAUUGAAGAAAAAUCAAACACUCGUAUCAACUUUGCUCGUAAAGAGGAGGAAGACAUUGAUGAAAAUAACCCUGAUGACACGAUUCCUCUUACAAUUGUUGGUUAUGUUACUGACAUCAUGAUUGCCAAGGAAGAAAUCGAAAAGAUUGUUGCAGAAAAGAGAGCUAAGCAGACCAUCAAGAUUGAUCAAUUUGAUGCUAAAUAUUAUCCUUUCAUUGCUGGUCCUCAUAACAGCAACAUCAAAAAGUUGGAAGAAGAGUUCGACGUCAAGAUUCACGUUCCUUUCAUUGCCAUUGAUGGUAACAACGUGAACAGUAGCCCUAUCACCAUCACUGGUGAUAAGGAGAAGGCUCAGGCUGCUAAGCAAGCUUUGGAGAAAAACUAUGUCACUAUUGAAAACACAGGCAAUGUUGUUUCCAUUACUGCUUCCAAGCGUCAGCAAAAGUAUCUCCGCGGUAACUCUGAAAUUUUUAAAGAGGUCUUUAAUGAAACAGGUUGUACUGUCGAAUUGCCUUCCCAAGACGAUCCUUCAGAAAACAUUGCUAUUCGUGGACCUGAAACUCAAGUGGUUCAAGCUUUAUCACUGGUCAUGGCCAAGGUGAAGGCUGUUCACAUUAGCGUGCUUGAUUUGGCUCAAACCUACAGUUCUUAUGGAAAGGACUCUUUGACCUAUGCCCGCUAUGCUUUGAAAUAUCUUUUGGAUAAGAGAGCCUUUAAGGGUAUCGAGAAAGAGCAUAACGUUCAGACUAGUGUUCCUUCUAAUGAAGAACUUGAAAAGUCCGUAUAUGUUGAAUUCAUUAGUAAAGAAGAAAAGGACGCUGUCAUUGCUCAACUGGCUCUCACCAACACCGUGCGUAAAUUGACGCCCGAUCGUUUUAGCACGAUCAAGAUUGAUGCCUACCUUCAUCAGCAUAUACUCAACACAUACCGUGCUAGAAUUCAGCGUAUUGAAGAAGCUCAACAGGUUGACAUCAUUUUCCCUGGUGAAAAGGAUCAAGACGUAUUGAUCGUAUACGAGGGAGACGAUAAGACUGCAGUCAAGGACGCACUUGCUGCUGCCUCUGCCGCAUUAAAAGAAAUUGUCGCUGACUCUUCCGAUUAUGUAUCCAAAUCUCUCUCUAUUCCUGUCAACUAUCAUGAUCUCAUUCGUGGUCCCAAGGGCACUACCUUGAACGCUAUCCUAGGUCUCAAUUCUGGCGUGACCGUCCGUUUCGGUCCCAACGACACGGUUGAAGUCCGUGGCUUCAGCAAGCAAGUAAACCAUGCUAUCUCUGAAAUCAACAAGGCAUAUCAAGAGGCCCAAGAUAAAAACUUUGCCAAGCCUUACACUUCCGAAUUUUCUAUUCCUUCCAACUUCUCUGCUCACGUUAUUGGUAAGUCUGGCGCCAACAUCAACAAGCUCAAGGAAGAUUUUGGUGUCAGAAUUGAUUUUGGAGAUAGUGACAAGACAGAAGAAAAGGUGAACGGAAAGGACAGUAAAAAGAAAGUCGCUCCUCCUGUCAAGGUCACCAUCCAGGGUAUCAAGACAAAUGUUGAAGCCGCCAAGGCACACAUUAAUGCUCAAGUAGCUACGUUGGCAGACCAAGUGACUCUUUCAUUAAAGGUUCCCAAGGAGUUCCAUCGUUAUCUGAUUGGUCCUAAUGGACGUUAUGUCAAGAAGCUUGAAGAUAAAUAUAACGUGUUUAUCAAGUUCCCCAAGUCAACACAAGGCGAUGAAAGUCCUUCUACAGGUAACCCUGAUGAAAUUCUUGUACGUGGUGGCAAAAAGAGUGCAAACUCUGCCAAGGAAGAACUUCUUGAACUUUAUGAAUAUGAAAAAGAGGAACAAGAAAAGAGAAAAGAAAGAGAACUUAAGCAGAAGCAAUAUGAAGAAAAACGUAACGCAGAAGAAAAGAGAAAGGCCGAGGAAAAGGCAUCCAAGAAGUCUCAGUAAAAUAUUGAAUCAAUCAUGUAUCAUAUGUUGUGUCUAUUACCUAAAAACAUAGUUUUUUGUAUUGUUUCCCCCUUACACACUUUUAUAUAAAAUAAAAUAAAAAAUCAUAUCAUCAAAAGGAACAAC